AUGUCCGCAACAAAACCUGGAACUUUCAACAUAUGCACGAGAGCCGUGAGCAAGGACGCAUCGGUUACAAGAGUUUCGACCAUCUCUCCGCUUGAGGAAUCGCUGCAAGAGAUGAGCUUGGACGGCGGGAAGACCGUCAACUUUAUCGAUACGGAAGAAGGGUUGAUUCAACUCAUCGAGAGGAUGGAGAACAUUCCAACAAAUCCCCCGUCACUCUACGUUGACCUUGAGGGUGUGGACCUCUCGCGGCGCGGGACCAUUUCAAUUCUGCAGGUCUUCAUCUACCCACUCGGAGAAAUCUACCUGGUCGAUAUUUACACGCUUCAGACGAAGGCAUUCACAGUGUGCAGUUCGAAAAGGGGGCAGACUCUUUUGGCUAUUCUCGAGUCGCCAAACAUUCCAAAAGUGUUCUUUGAUGUUCGCAAUGACUCUGAUGCGCUUUUCAGCCACUUUGGUGUUGAGCUUGCUGGUGUUAUUGAUCUCCAACUUAUGGAGCUUGCCACCCGAUAUUUCUCCAAAAGAUGUGUCAAUGGAUUAGCGAAGUGUAUUGAGAGGGAUGCCCCAAUCAACGGGGAGCAACGGCGUAUUUGGAGAGAGUUCAAGGAGAAGGGCCGGCAGCUUUUCGCUCCAGAGUUGGGAGGAAGCUUCGAGAUCUUUAAUGUUCGCCCACUUCCCGACAGCAUCCUGAAAUAUUGUGCGCAGGAUGUGCAUAUUCUGCCUCUUUUGUGGGUUCACUAUGACUCUAAGAUGUCACUAGACUGGAGAAAGAAGGUUGCGGCAGAGGCCAUCAAGCGGGUCAAGGAGUCCCAAAGUCCCAAUUAUAUUGGAACUGGGCGGCACAUGGCCUUGGAGCCCUCGGGCUGGUGGUGA